AUGAACGGUGUAAUAGAGGCGCUGCGCAUCUAUGAUGAGCACAAUCGCGCCAUCCUCUCUCACACCUAUACCUCCCGCCCACUGUCCGCAGCACAUGUCCUACUCCUCUAUCUCGAACAUCCGGCACCGCGACCGAACCUGAUCUACCUUCCAAACACGAACCCGCCGACCCUAGUCUUCAGUCUUACACAUGCGAAUCUUCUCUACCUGGCAACUACCUCGUCCGAGAUAGAACCCCUACUGGUCCUCGAGUUUCUCCACCGCGUCAUCGACACCCUCGAGGAGUUCCUUGGUGCGCCAGUGCUGGCCCACAAGAUAGAAGCGAACUACGAUGUUGUCGCCCAACUGCUUACCGAGAUGUGCGAUGCUGGCACCAUCAACACAACCGAACCGAAUGCCUUGAGGGACGUAGUUGAAGUAGAAGGCUUACUGGGAAAGCUACUGGGAAGCAUCAAUCUGCCUAGCAAACCUCUGAGCAACCCCAACGUGCCGUCUCUGAUAGCCCAGAAUGCGCCAGCACUUCCUUGGCGACGGGCAAACGUACGUCACACUUCAAACGAGCUAUACGCCGACGUCGUGGAAACGCUGUCGGUCACGCUUGCGCCAUCCGGUAGACCGAUCGCGGCCUUUGCCAACGGCACUAUCGUAUUCACAGCCAAGGUGUCUGGAGUUCCUGAUAUUGUCAUGAGCCUCACAGGACCUUCGGGGAAACACAAUCUGCGGAGUAUAAUGGAAUUACCAGUCUUUCAUCCGUGCGUACGGCUGAACCGGUGGAAGGAGAACCCAGGGGAAUUGAGCUUCAUACCCCCAGAUGGUCGUUUCAUCCUGGCUGGAUACGAAGUCGACUUGUUGCCUUUUACAAAUGGGAAGAGUGGAAAUCUGAACUCGAACAGCUUGAAGCUCCCUGUUAAUAUCGAGGUUAAGACGGGUCUUGGAUCCGCAGGGUCCGAGUUCGAGGUCCGACUGAACAUCAACAAGCUAUUCGGGCACUCCAGCUCCUCCUUAUCUGGUCCUUCUGGCAGAGGAGGCGCUUCAGGGGGCCGAGGUUUCGGCGGCCCACACCCAGGCACUGCCGCCUCACCGCUUCUGCAAGACGUGGUUGUCUCGGUACCACUACCGUCAGAUGUUAGAAACCUGUCGGAUGUUCGGCCGAGCAAAGGAGAUGCCAGCUAUAGCCCGGGAGAUCAGAUUUUGGAGUGGCACAUACCGGCCAAGGAGCUUUCAGCCGGAACAUCGUACUUUGGACUUCGAUGUACCGUCUUGGGCCCGGUGGUGGAGGAUCUGGAAGAGGCGGAUCCUAAUGGCUUCGGCUUUGGAGAAGACUACACCUACGACGAGCCGUACCAGAGCUCUGCAGAUGCAGCAGAAGAGAAGCCCAAGAAGAAUGGCAAGGCAACGGAAGAGGACAAGGACGCGAAGAAGGUGGCACAGAAUAAGAUUCUGAUGCCCAGCUCGGCGUCUGUCAGUUUCUCUGUCAAGGGGUGGCUGCCCAGCGGGGUCAAGGUUGAGAGCAUACUCAUUGACGCCAGGAAAAGUCGAGGCAUUGGUGAAGGAGUCAAGCCGUACAAGGGCGUCAAGUAUCUUACUGUCAGCAAAGGUGGUGUUGAAAUCAGAUGCUAG